GUGUGCACGCCAUGCGGAAUCAGUCAAUGUCUUGGAGUUGACGGCGCGACACACACGCGUGGCUAACGAGAGAAAAUCGUGAAAAAAGAGCAACGAAAAAAAAAAAUAAUAUUAAAUCCAACCAAGUUAAAGCUAAAUACAAACGAGCCAAGGAGAUAUAUAGAACAAAAGAAGAGUUAAAAUUACAGAAAGUGAGAAAAGCCGCCGCCUUUUUUGUCGUUUUCGUCGUCUUGAAAUUUUAUCGAAUUUGCAUUGUUUAUUGUUUUUUGUACUUGUGGCCGUAUCAGAAGUGUCUGUGUGUGUGUGUGUGUUCGUGUUUUUGUGCAUUAAAAAGCCAAUGGAAAUGCAACAAAUGCUUAGAAUCUAAUUAACAACAACAACAAACAACAAAAGAAGUUCCUAAACGUUUAAAGAACACAAAAAAAAAAAGCAUCACCACGUCGUCGUUAUCAACCGAAGGGGCCAUCAUGCUGGUGCCGUCGGACAUGAUCGCGGCACAGUCCAAAAUGGUCUAUCAAAUGAAUAAAUAUUGUGCAGAUCGUGUACAAGUGCGUAAGGCACAGAUUCACAAACAAAUCCAAGAGGUCUGUCGCAUUGUUCAGGAUGUUCUCAAGGAGGUGGAGGUGCAAGAGCCACGAUUUAUAUCGUCCCUGAACGACUAUAAUGGCCGUUUCGAGGGCCUGGAAGUGAUCUCACCCACAGAAUUCGAAAUCAUCAUCUACCUCAAUCAGAUGGGUGUAUUGAAUUUUGUCGAUGACGGCACAUUACCGGGAUGCGCUGUCCUCAAAUUGAGCGAUGGACGGAAACGUUCCAUGUCCCUUUGGGUGGAGUUUAUCACAGCAUCCGGAUAUCUAUCGGCACGCAAGAUACGCUCCCGUUUCCAAACGCUGGUGGCACAGGCCUGCGACAAAUGUGCCUAUCGUGAUAUUGUCAAAAUGAUUGCCGAUACCACCGAAGUGAAGUUACGGAUUCGCGAACGCAUCAUUGUGCAGAUAACACCCGCCUUUAAGUGUGCCGGCCUUUGGCCCCGUUCAGCCUCCCAUUGGCCAUUGCCGGGCAUUCCAUGGCCACAUCCAAAUAUCGUAGCAGAGGUUAAGACUGAGGGCUUUGACAUGCUCUCCAAAGAGUGCAUAGCACUGCAGGGCAAAAAUUCGGCCAUGGAAGGUGAUGCCUGGGUGCUCAGCUUCACCGAUGCCGAGAAUCGUUUGCUUCAAGGUGCCAGUCGGCGUCGUUGCUUGAGCAUAUUGAAGACUUUGCGGGAUCGUCAUUUGGAAUUGCCUGGCAAUCCUGUCACAUCGUACCAUCUGAAAACGCUGCUCCUCUACGAAUGCGAGAAGCAUCCACGGGAGAUGGAAUGGGAGGAGAACUGCAUUGCGGAUCGCAUCAAUGGCAUCUUUCUGCAGUUGAUCUCGUGCCUGCAAUGCCGACGCUGUCCGCACUACUUCCUGCCCAAUAUGGAUCUCUUUAAGGGCAAAUCCCCGGGAGCCCUGGAGAAUGCUGCCAAGCAGGUUUGGCGCCUCACACGCAUCAUGCUGACCAAUGUGCGUUGCCUGGAGGAGCUGUAGGCAAUAGUCUAAUUUGGUAGAGCGUUAGCGGAAGCCGCAGCAGAAGCAGCAGCAGGUUGUUUUUAGGUAUUCUUAAUAUAAUUU